UUUCGAGAAUUUGUAUUUUCAACGUAUAAUAGUAUAAUAAUCAUGUUGCGAUGUGUGUUAGUAGUGCUUUUAUAUGCGAUAAUAUACCGUGUGGCAUCGGAAAAUACAAUUGCAACUGAUACAGCAAUCAACGGAUUGAUAACUUCAGGCAAAUUAUUACCAAACACAAAUGGAAAUUUGUCUCCGGCACAGCAGAUUAUCUACAUUUAUGGGCCGCGUCAAUGGAAAAUGCAAGACGGUAACAAUUUCAUAGAAAAAGCAGGAAGCGAUUACCUUAUGACACCUGGUAUAGGUGCUCAUAAACUUCACGUUCGCAAGUUGCCAUGGAACAAAGCUCGUAGAAUUUGUAUUGAAGAAGGGGGUCAUUUGGCAAUCAUUAACUCCAAUUCGGAGGAAAAAUUGCUGAUGCACAUCUUAGAGGAGAACAAAGUAAAUCAGGCAUGGCUCGGCGUGCACGAUCUCUAUGAAGAGGGCGAUUGGAGCACGAUCAUGGAUGAGCCUUUGGAAGCUACGGGAUACUCAAAAUGGACAUUAAAAAUUGCUAACGAGCCUGACAACUAUAACGGAAAACAGCAUUGCGGAGUUCUUCUAAAGGACGGAGGAAUGGAUGAUCUCGAAUGCACUGCAGCAGUUGCUUUCUUCUGCGAAAUUACUCUCUGAAUUCUCAUAAAUUACGUAAAGGCAAGAUCGUAAUCAGACGUGGUAACAGUAUGCGCUUUAUCAAAGACUAUCUAUAAUUAAAUAGUCAUUCUGAGAUGUGCUAUCAAGAUCAAAUUAACGUCAGUAACAACGUAGGCGUGUUUUUUACGAUUAAUGGGGUUAUAGAUUAAUCUUACAAUGAAGGUGAUUAUAGGUCAUAAGGUCUAAUUUUAUACUAACGAUUAUCUUUAGGAUAUUAAAUACCAUGGAACAUGCGUAAUGUAUAUUAGAAAGUGUAAGAAGACUUAUAUUUUUACAAAAUACGUUGAUUCCUUAAAAACAUGUACUUUUAAUUAAUAGAAUAAGGUAA